UAUGAGGAUGUUACAAGUAAGACAGAUCUUCUCGCCAGAAACGUCGAAGAUGAACAGGUACAAAUAUCGCUUCAAUUGUAUGUUUUAUCUCAUAUCAGUAACAGGACUAUUUUAAGUGGCAAAUGUGCUCUCUCUGCUCUUGAUGUUUAAUCAUUGACAUGAAUUGAUUAGCUGCCACUAUUUUCUUUCCCUUGAUAAUUGUUCCUUUAGGGUGAAGAGUCAGAAUUGAAAGCAAUGUCAAAUUGCGUGGUCUCCCUGCAAAAUUUUGGGUGGUCUGUCUAAGUUGGGAUAAUUUUGAGUGUGGGUAGAUCUUUUGAAGGAAUGUUAUCCUAAUCUUGAAAUUUUUCAUUCUUUAAUUUGUUUUUAUCUACUGCAGGGAAAUAUCAUUGGGACUGAACGCUAUGUACAGGUAGAUGGAACUGGUACUGUGGAAAUCAGCUUCUCCGAAAGACUUAGGUCCAGCCGUGCAGUUCGAAUAAUUUUUACGGAGGAUAGAGACAUCACCUCCAUGACUUUGCAUGGCUGCAAUGAAAGUAAAUAAUAUUUGUAUUUGCUUGAUCCCGGAUGACAACUCAUGAUUGAUUUUGAACAAAAGACUAAUGAUGACAUUGAUUCAUUCAUUUAGUUAUUUUGCCUUUGUUGUUUUAAUUUUAUGUCUGACUAAAAUUAGGAAUAAAGUUUUAUCCUUUGAUUGUAUGGACGUUUAAGUAGUGCUUUUCAAAUUGUCAUCAACUUUGCACUGAAAGCUGCAUGUAUGUAUGAAAGCUAAUAUAUUUAUCCAUAUGGUAUUAUUUCUACUAGGUCUGGUUACAACAACUACAACAACAGUCCCAGAAACUACCACCCCAUCUACAACAUCUGAACCGACAACUACUGUAACAACGAGUGCUACGACCACUACCACUCCAGCAACCACAACUUCUCCAACUACCACAGUGACAGAAGAAAUGACAACUACAGUAACAACAACCGCAAGCACCACAGUUGUCGAGGAGACAACAACUGUUACUACCACCACACCUGAAAGCUCCACUACUCAAACAACUACAACAAUGACAAUAACUCGAGAAUGUUAUGAUGUUCUGACCGAAGAGCUUACUCAAGACAGUCCUAGAUCCUACACUGUACGCUUGCCAUCCGGAACAGCUGAUAUUUCCGCAAUCAAGGUUACUCCCAAUAUAUCAGGAGUCCAGAGUGUAUCUCUCUCUGUUGAGGUGACAACAGAUGGUGAGAAUUAUGAGGAUGUUACAAGUAAGACAGAUCUUCUCGCCAGAAACGUCGAAGAUGAACAGGGAAAUAUCAUUGGGACUGAACGCUAUGUACAGGUAGAUGGAACUGGUACUGUGGAAAUCAGCUUCUCCGAAAGACUUACGUCCAGCCGUGCAGUUCGAAUAAUUUUUACGAAGGAUAGAGACAUCACCUCCAUGACUUUGCAUGGCUGCAAUGAAAGUCUGGUUACAACAACUACAACAACAGUCCCAGAAACUACCACCCCAUCUACAACAUCUGAACCGACAACUACUGUAACAACGAGUGCUACGACCACUACCACUCCAGCAACCACAACUUCUCCAACUACCACAGUGACAGAAGAAAUGACAACUACAGUAACAACAACCGCAAGCACCACAGUUGUCGAGGAGACAACAACUGUUACUACCACCACACCUGAAAGCUCCACUACUCAAACAACUACAACAAUGACAAUAACUCGAGAAUGUUAUGAUGUUCUGACCGAAGAGCUUACUCAAGACAGUCCUAGAUCCUACACUGUACGCUUGCCAUCCGGAACAGCUGAUAUUUCCGCAAUCAAGGUUACUCCCAAUAUAUCAGGAGUCCAGAGUGUAUCUCUCUCUGUUGAGGUGACAACAGAUGGUGAGAAUUAUGAGGAUGUUACAAGUAAGACAGAUCUUCUCGCCAGAAACGUCGAAGAUGAACAGGGAAAUAUCAUUGGGACUGAACGCUAUGUACAGGUAGAUGGAACUGGUACUGUGGAAAUCAGCUUCUCCGAAAGACUUACGUCCAGCCGUGCAGUUCGAAUAAUUUUUACGGAGGAUAGAGACAUCACCUCCAUGACUUUGCAUGGCUGCAAUGAAAGUCUGGUUACAACAACUACAACAACAGUCCCAGAAACUACCACCCCAUCUACAACAUCUGAACCGACAACUACUGUAACAACGAGUGCUACGACCACUACCACUCCAGCAACCACAACUUCUCCAACUACCACAGUGACAGAAGAAAUGACAACUACAGUAACAACAACCGCAAGCACCACAGUUGUCGAGGAGACAACAACUGUUACUACCACCACACCUGAAAGCUCCACUACUCAAACAACUACAACAAUGACAAUAACUCGAGAAUGUUAUGAUGUUCUGACCGAAGAGCUUACUCAAGACAGUCCUAGAUCCUACACUGUACGCUUGCCAUCCGGAACAGCUGAUAUUUCCGCAAUCAAGGUUACUCCCAAUAUAUCAGGAGUCCAGAGUGUAUCUCUCUCUGUUGAGGUGACAACAGAUGGUGAGAAUUAUGAGGAUGUUACAAGUAAGACAGAUCUUCUCGCCAGAAACGUCGAAGAUGAACAGGGAAAUAUCAUUGGGACUGAACGCUAUGUACAGGUAGAUGGAACUGGUACUGUGGAAAUCAGCUUCUCCGAAAGACUUACGUCCAGCCGUGCAGUUCGAAUAAUUUUUACGGAGGAUAGAGACAUCACCUCCAUGACUUUGCAUGGCUGCAAUGAAAGUCUGGUUACAACAACUACAACAACAGUCCCAGAAACUACCACCCCAUCUACAACAUCUGAACCGACAACUACUGUAACAACGAGUGCUACGACCACUACCACUCCAGCAACCGCAACUUCUCCAACUACCACAGUGACAGAAGAAAUGACAACUACAGUAACAACAACCGCAAGCACCACAGUUGUCGAGGAGACAACAACUGUUACUACCACCACACCUGAAAGCUCCACUACUCAAACAACUACAACAAUGACAACAACUCGAGAAUGUUAUGAUGUUCUGACUGAAGAGCUUACUCAAGACAGUCCUAGAUCCUACACUGUACGCUUGCCAUCCGGAACAGCUGAUAUUUCCGCAAUCAAGGUUACUCCCAAUAUAUCAGGAGUCCAGAGUGUAUCUCUCUCUGUUGAGGUGACAACAGAUGAUGAGAAUUAUGAGGAUGUUACAAGUAAGACAGAUCUUCUCGCCAGAAACGUCGAAGAUGAACAGGGAAAUAUCAUUGGGACUGAACGCUAUGUACCGGUAGAUGGAACUGGUACUGUGGAAAUCAGCUUCUCCGAAAGACUUACGUCCAGCCGUGCAGUUCGAAUAAUUUUUACGGAGGAUACAGACAUCACCUCCAUGACUUUGCAUGGCUGCAAUGAAAGUCUGGUUACUACAACUACAACAACAGUCCCAGAAACUACCACCCCAUCUACAACAUCUGAGCCUGUGACUACUGUGAUGACUACCAGAGUCGAGACCACCUCUACACCGGGAACUACUACAACUCCUGCUUCCACUACAACAACUGAGACGACAACUACUGCCACAACAUCAGCAAGUACAACAAUUGUUGAUGAGACAACUACAGUCACCACAACCACGCCAGAAAGCACCACAACUGAAACAACGACAACUGUGACAACAACUCCAGGUUAUUGUGCUGAUCCCUUGGUAGAACUGAAUGGAAAUGUGAAAAUCGAUGAUAAUGGAUCCAUGAUUUUAGCCAUGUUUAGCGAGCCAGCCAUAGUUACUGGUGUGGCAGUAGAAGGAUUGACCGAUUCUUUUAGAUUGGAGUACACGUCUGUCAAGGGAAGAAACAGUUCCUAUCUGGAUGAAAGUCAAAUGAUUAAGGUGUUUGUUCUUGAUGGUUCUGAGAAUACUGCAGAUAGAUUUAAUGUCAACAUCACUGAUCCAAUAACAGAUCUGCGGAUCAUCCCUGACAACUACCCCACAGAUGUAAUGUGGAAAUUACAAAUAUAUGGAUGCACAGUGAACAUUACUACUGCUGUGAACACGAGUGUUGCACCCACCACUUUACCAUCAUCAACUUCAACUUUACCUUCCACUACAACUCCCAGCACCGCUGCCACCAAACAGACAACAACUACAACAACUAUGUCAACUGAAUUUAGCACCACUCCAGGUGGGUGUGAGGAGCAGGACUUGGAUAAGUUGAAUGUUAUAAUCACCCUUAUCCCUACUGAUGGAAAUGGUAAUAACAGUACUAAUGGUAUAAUCACACUGGAGUCCGGAGUCCCUAAGUUCACUGUAUCGCUUUCUUCCCCUGGGAACACAAUAACAGUGAAUGCGCUGACUUUGUCUGAGCAGGGUGAAGGAGGAAACAACAAUGCAGUACGGAGGGUUCGCAUCUCAAAUAUUGUGGACAGUACAGGAGUCGUUGAUGCGGAAGAAUAUCCUGUUGACUCCACUGCUCCUGAAAGUGGAAUGUUUAUAGUUCGAAAUACAUUUAAUGAAGAAUCUGUGGAAUCUUUUGACAUUGAAGUUCUGGAUAUCACCAGCAUGCCUGUAACCAUAAACGUGACAGUCAGAGGAUGCCUUGAAUUAGAGCCUACAACUACUGUCACAACAACAAGCAUUGCAACAACUACCACCCCAGCAACCACAACUGCUCCAACCACUACAGUGACAGAGGAAACAACAACUACUGUCACGACAACAGCAAGCACCACAGUUUCUGAAGAGACAACAACUGUUACUACGACCACACCUGAAAGCUCCACCACUCAGACAACUACAACAGUAACAACAACUCCAGAACUUUCAACAGAACCAAUUGAUACUGGCGAUGGAGGAACUCCUCCAUCAAGAACUAGACCAACUGAGCCUACAACAACUGUCACAACAACAAGUGUUACAACCACUACUUUGCCAGCAACCACUACUGCUCCAACCACUACAGUAACAGAGGAAAUGACGACUACUGUCACCACGACACCAAGCACCACAGUUUCUGAAGAGACAACAACUGUUACUACGACCACACCUGAAAGCUCCACUACUCAGACAUCUACAACAGUGGCAACAACUCCAGGUGGGUGUGAGGAGCAGGACUUGGAUAAGUUGAAUGUUAUAAUCACCCUUAUCCCUACUGAUGGAAAUGGUAAUAACAGUACUAAUGGUAUAAUCACACUGGAGUCCGGAGUCCCUAAGUUCACUGUAUCGCUUUCUUCCCCUGGGAACACAAUAACAGUGAAUGCGCUGACUUUGUCUGAGCAGGGUGAAGGAGGAAACAACAAUGCAGUACGAAGUGUUCGCAUCUCAAAUGUUGUGAACAGUACAGGAUUCGUUGAUGCGGAAGAAUAUCCUGUUGACUCCACUGCUCCUGAAAGUGGAAUGUUUAUAGUUCGAAAUACAUUUAACGAAGAAUCUGUGGAAUCUUUUGACAUUGAAGUUCUGGAUAUCACCAGCAUGCCUGUAACCAUAAACGUGACAGUCAGAGGAUGCCUUGAAUUAGAGCCUACAACUACUGUCACAACAACAAGCAUUGCAACGACUACCACCCCAGCAACCACAACUGCUCCAACCACUACAGUGACAGAGGAAACAACAACUACUGUCACGACAACAGCAAGCACCACAGUUUCUGAAGAAACAACAACUGUUACUACGACCACACCUGAAAGCUCCACCACUCAGACAACUACAACAGUAACAACAACUCCAGAACUUUCAACAGAACCAAUUGAUACUGGCGAUGGAGGAACUCCUCCAUCAAGAACUAGACCAACUGAGCCUACAACUACUGUCACAACAACAAGUGUUACAACCACUACUUUGCCAGCAACCACUACUGCUCCAACCACUACAGUCACAGAGGAAAUGACGACUACUGUCACCACGACAGCAAGCACCACAGUUUCUGAAGAGACAACAACUGUUACUACGACCACACCUGAAAGCUCCACUACUCAGACAUCUACAACAGUGGCAACAACUCCAGGUGGGUGUGAGGAGCAGGACUUGGAUAAGUUGAAUGUUAUAAUCACCCUUAUCCCUACUGAUGGAAAUGGUAAUAACAGUACUAAUGGUAUAAUCACACUGGAGUCCGGAGUCCCUAAGUUCACUGUAUCGCUUUCUUCCCCUGGGAACACAAUAACAGUGAAUGCGCUGACUUUGUCUGAGCAGGGUGAAGGAGGAAACAACAAUGCAGUACGGAGGGUUCGCAUCUCAAAUAUAGUGGACAGUACAGGAGUCGUUGAUGCGGAGGAAUAUCCUGUUGACUCCACUGCUCCUGAAAGUGGAAUGUUUAUAGUUCGAAAUACAUUUAAUGAAGAAUCUGUGGAAUCUUUUGACAUUGAAGUUCUAGAUAUCACCAGCAUGCCUGUAACCAUAAACGUGACAGUCAGAGGAUGCCUUGAAUUAGAGCCUACAACUACUGUCACAACAACAAGCAUUGCAACGACUACCACCCCAGCAACCACAACUGCUCCAACCACUACAGUGACAGAGGAAACAACAACUACUGUCACGACAACAGCAAGCACCACAGUUUCUGAAGAGACAACAACUGUUACUACGACCACACCUGAAAGCUCCACCACUAAGACAACUACAACAGUAACAACAACUCCAGAACUUUCAACAGAACCAAUUGAUACUGGCGAUGGAGGAACUCCUCCAUCAAGAACUAGACCAACUGAGCCUACAACUACUGUCACAACAACAAGUGUUACAACCACUACUUUGCCAGCAACCACUACUGCUCCAACCACUACAGUAACAGAGGAAAUGACGACUACUGUCACCACGACAGCAAGCACCACAGUUUCUGAAGAGACAACAACUGUUACUACGACCACACCUGAAAGCUCCACUACUCAGACAACUACAACAGUGGCAACAACUCCAGGUGGGUGUGAGGAGCAGGACUUGGAUAAGUUGAAUGUUAUAAUCACCCUUAUCCCUACUGAUGGAAAUGGUAAUAACAGUACUAAUGGUAUAAUCACACUGGAGUCCGGAGUCCCUAAGUUCACUGUAUCGCUUUCUUCCCCGGGGAACACAAUAACAGUGAAUGCGCUGACUUUGUCUGAGCAGGGUGAAGGAGGAAACAACAAUGCAGUACGAAGGGUUCGCAUCUCAAAUAUUGUGAACAGUACAGGAUUCGUUGAUGCGGAAGAAUAUCCUGUUGACUCCACUGCUCCUGAAAGUGGAAUGUUUAUAGUUCGAAAUACAUUUAACGAAGAAUCUGUGGAAUCUUUUGACAUUGAAGUACUGGAUAUCACCAGCAUGCCUGUAACCAUAAACGUGACAGUCAGAGGAUGCCUUGAAUUAGAGCCUACAACUACUGUCACAACAACAAGCAUUGCAAUGCCUACCACUCCAGCAACUACAACCGCUCCAACCACUACAGUGACAGAGGAAACAACAACUACUGUCACGACAACAGCAAGCACCACAGUUUCUGAAGAGACAACAACUGUUACUACGACCACACCUGAAAGCUCCACCACUGAGACAACUACAACAGUAACAACAACUCCAGGAACUCCUCCAUCAAGAACUAGACCAACUGAGCCUACAACUACUGUCACAACAACAAGUGUUACAACCACUACUUUGCCAGCAACCACUACUGCUCCAACCACUACAGUAACAGAGGAAAUGACGACUACUGUCACCACGACAGCAAGCACCACAGUUUCUGAAGAGACAACAACUGUUACUACGACCACACCUGAAAGCUCCACUACUCAGACAACUACAACAGUGGCAACAACUCCAGGUGGGUGUGAGGAGCAGGACUUGGAUAAAUUGAAUGUUAUAAUCACCCUUAUCCCUACUGAUGGAAAUGGUAAUAACAGUACUAAUGGUAUAAUCACACUGGAGUCCGGAGUCCCUAAGUUCACUGUAUCGCUUUCUUCCCCUGGGAAUACAAUAACAGUGAAUGCGCUGACUUUGUCUGAGCAGGGUGAAGGAGGAAACAACAAUGCAGUACGGAGGGUUCGCAUCUCAAAUAUUGUGGACAGUACAGGAGUCGUUGAUGCGGAGGAAUAUCCUGUUGACUCCACUGCUCCUGAAAGUGGAAUGUUUAUAGUUCGAAAUACAUUUAACGAAGAAUCUGUGGAAUCUUUUGACAUUGAAGUUCUGGAUAUCACCAGCAUGCCUGUAACCAUAAACGUGACAGUCAGAGGAUGCCUUAAAUUAGAGCCUACAACUACUGUCACAACAACAAGCAUUGCAACGACUACCACCCCAGCAACCACAACUGCUCCAACCACUACAGUGACAGAGGAAACAACAACUACUGUCACGACAACAGCAAGCACCACAGUUGCUGAAGAGACAACAACUGUUACUACGACCACACCUGAAAGCUCCACCACUGAGACAACUACAACAGUAACAACAACUCCAGAACUUUCAACAGAACCAAUUGAUACUGGCGAUGGAGGAACUCCUCCAUCAAGAACUAGACCAACUGAGCCUACAACUACUGUCACAACAACAAGUGUUACAACCACUACUUUGCCAGCAACCACUACAGUCACAGAGGAAAUGACGACUACUGUCACCACGACAGCAAGCACCACAGUUUCUGAAGAGACAACAACUGUUACUACGACCACACCUGAAAGCUCCACUACUCAGACAACUACAACAGUGGCAACAACUCCAGGUGGGUGUGAGGAGCAGGACUUGGAUAAGUUGAAUGUUAUAAUCACCCUUAUCCCUACUGAUGGAAAUGGUAAUAACAGUACUAAUGGUAUAAUCACACUGGAGUCCGGAGUCCCUAAGUUCACUGUAUCGCUUUCUUCCCCUGGGAACACAAUAACAGUGAAUGCGCUGACUUUGUCUGAGCAGGGUGAAGGAGGAAACAACAAUGCAGUACGGAGGGUUCGCAUCUCAAAUAUUGUGGACAGUACAGGAGUCGUUGAUGCGGAGGAAUAUCCUGUUGACUCCACUGCUCCUGAAAGUGGAAUGUUUAUAGUUCGAAAUACAUUUAAUGAAGAAUCUGUGGAAUCUUUUGACAUUGAAGUUCUAGAUAUCACCAGCAUGCCUGUAACCAUAAACGUGACAGUCAGAGGAUGCCUUAAAUUAGAGCCUACAACUACUGUCACAACAACAAGCAUUGCAACGACUACCACCCCAGCAACCACAACUGCUCCAACCACUACAGUGACAGAGGAAACAACAACUACUGUCACGACAACAGCAAGCACCACAGUUUCUGAAGAGACAACAACUGUUACUACGACCACACCUGAAAGCUCCACCACUCAGACAACUACAACAGUAACAACAACUCCAGAACUUUCAACAGAACCAAUUGAUACUGGCGAUGGAGGAACUCCUCCAUCAAGAACUAGACCAACUGAGCCUACAACUACUGUCACAACAACAAGUGUUACAACCACUACUUUGCCAGCAACCACUACUGCUCCAACCACUACAGUAACAGAGGAAAUGACGACUACUGUCACCACGACAGCAAGCACCACAGUUUCUGAAGAGACAACAACUGUUACUACGACCACACCUGAAAGCUCCACUACUCAGACAACUACAACAGUGGCAACAACUCCAGGUGGGUGUGAGGAGCAGGACUUGGAUAAGUUGAAUGUUAUAAUCACCCUUAUCCCUACUGAUGGAAAUGGUAAUAACAGUACUAAUGGUAUAAUCACACUGGAGUCCGGAGUCCCUAAGUUCACUGUAUCGCUUUCUUCCCCGGGGAACACAAUAACAGUGAAUGCGCUGACUUUGUCUGAGCAGGGUGAAGGAGGAAACAACAAUGCAGUACGAAGGGUUCGCAUCUCAAAUAUUGUCAACAGCACAGGAUUCGUUGAUGCGGAAGAAUAUCCUGUUGACUCCACUGCUCCUGAAAGUGGAAUGUUUAUAGUUCGAAAUACAUUUAACGAAGAAUCUGUGGAAUCUUUUGACAUUGAAGUACUGGAUAUCACCAGCAUGCCUGUAACCAUAAACGUGACAGUCAGAGGAUGCCUUGAAUUAGAGCCUACAACUACUGUCACAACAACAAGCAUUGCAAUGCCUACCACUCCAGCAACUACAACCGCUCCAACCACUACAGUGACAGAGGAAACAACAACUACUGUCACGACAACAGCAAGCACCACAGUUUCUGAAGAGACAACAACUGUUACUACGACCACACCUGAAAGCUCCACCACUGAGACAACUACAACAGUAACAACAACUCCAGAACUUUCAACAGAACCAAUUGAUACUGGCGAUGGAGGAACUCCUCCAUCAAGAACUAGACCAACUGAGCCUACAACUACUGUCACAACAACAAGUGUUACAACCACUACUUUGCCAGCAACCACUACUGCUCCAACCACUACAGUAACAGAGGAAAUGACGACUACUGUCACCACGACAGCAAGCACCACAGUUUCUGAAGAGACAACAACUGUUACUACGACCACACCUGAAAGCUCCACUACUCAGACAACUACAACAGUGGCAACAACUCUAGGUGGGUGUGAGGAGCAGGACUUGGAUAAGUUGAAUGUUAUAAUCACCCUUAUCCCUACUGAUGGAAAUGGUAAUAACAGUGCUAAUGGUAUAAUCACACUGGAGUCCGGAGUCCCUAAGUUCACUGUAUCGCUUUCUUCCCCUGGGAACACAAUAACAGUGAAUGCGCUGACUUUGUCUGAGCAGGGUGAAGGAGGAAACAACAAUGCAGUACGGAGGGUUCGCAUCUCAAAUAUUGUGGACAGUACAGGAGUCGUUGAUGCGGAGGAAUAUCCUGUUGACUCCACUGCUCCUGAAAGUGGAAUGUUUAUAGUUCGAAAUACAUUUAACGAAGAAUCUGUGGAAUCUUUUGACAUUGAAGUUCUAGAUAUCACCAGCAUGCCUGUAACCAUAAACGUGACAGUCAGAGGAUGCCUUAAAUUAGAGCCUACAACUACUGUCACAACAACAAGCAUUGCAACGACUACCACCCCAGCAACCACAACUGCUCCAACCACUACAGUGACAGAGGAAACAACAACUACUGUCACGACAACAGCAAGCACCACAGUUUCUGAAGAGACAACAACUGUUACUACGACCACACCUGAAAGCUCCACCACUCAGACAACUACAACAGUAACAACAACUCCAGAACUUUCAACAGAACCAAUUGAUACUGGCGAUGGAGGAACUCCUCCAUCAAGAACUAGACCAACUGAGCCUACAACUACUGUCACAACAACAAGUGUUACAACCACUACUUUGCCAGCAACCACUACUGCUCCAACCACUACAGUAACAGAGGAAAUGACAACUACUGUCACAACGACAACAAGCACCACAGUUUCUGAAGAGACAACAACUGUUACUACGACCACACCUGAAAGCUCCACUACUCAGACAACUACAACAGUGGCAACAACUCCAGGUGGGUGUGAGGAGCAGGACUUGGAUAAGUUGAAUGUUAUAAUCACCCUUAUCCCUACUGAUGGAAAUGGUAAUAACAGUACUAAUGGUAUAAUCACACUGGAGUCCGGAGUCCCUAAGUUCACUGUAUCGCUUUCUUCCCCUGGGAACACAAUAACAGUGAAUGCGCUGACUUUGUCUGAGCAGGGUGAAGGAGGAAACAACAAUGCAGUACGGAGGGUUCGCAUCUCAAAUAUUGUGGACAGUACAGGAGUCGUUGAUGCGGAGGAAUAUCCUGUUGACUCCACUGCUCCUGAAAGUGGAAUGUUUAUAGUUCGAAAUACAUUUAACGAAGAAUCUGUGGAAUCUUUUGACAUUGAAGUUCUAGAUAUCACCAGCAUGCCUGUAACCAUAAACGUGACAGUCAGAGGAUGCCUUAAAUUAGAGCCUACAACUACUGUCACAACAACAAGCAUUGCAACGACUACCACCCCAGCAACCACAACUGCUCCAACCACUACAGUGACAGAGGAAACAACAACUACUGUCACGACAACAGCAAGCACCACAGUUUCUGAAGAGACAACAACUGUUACUACGACCACACCUGAAAGCUCCACCACUCAGACAACUACAACAGUAACAACAACUCCAGAACUUUCAACAGAACCAAUUGAUACUGGCGAUGGAGGAACUCCUCCAUCAAGAACUAGACCAACUGAGCCUACAACUACUGUCACAACAACAAGUGUUACAACCACUACUUUGCCAGCAACCACUACUGCUCCAACCACUACAGUAACAGAGGAAAUGACAACUACUGUCACAACGACAACAAGCACCACAGUUUCUGAAGAGACAACAACUGUUACUACGACCACACCUGAAAGCUCCACUACUCAGACAACUACAACAGUGGCAACAACUCCAGGUGGGUGUGAGGAGCAGGACUUGGAUAAGUUGAAUGUUAUAAUCACCCUUAUCCCUACUGAUGGAAAUGGUAAUAACAGUACUAAUGGUAUAAUCACGCUGGAGUCCGGAGUCCCUAAGUUCACUGUAUCGCUUUCUUCCCCUGGGAACACAAUAACAGUGAAUGCGCUGACUUUGUCUGAGCAGGGUGAAGGAGGAAACAACAAUGCAGUACGGAGGGUUCGCAUCUCAAAUAUUGUGGACAGUACAGGAGUCGUUGAUGCGGAGGAAUAUCCUGUUGACUCCACUGCCCCUGAAAGUGGAAUGUUUAUAGUUCGAAAUACAUUUAACGAAGAAUCUGUGGAAUCUUUUGACAUUGAAGUUCUAGAUAUCACCAGCAUGCCUGUAACCAUAAACGUGACAGUCAGAGGAUGCCUUAAAUUAGAGCUUACAACUACUGUCACAACAACAAGCAUUGCAACGACUACCACCCCAGCAACCACAACUGCUCCAACCACUACAGUGACAGAGGAAACAACAACUACUGUCACGACAACAGCAAGCACCACAGUUUCUGAAGAGACAACAACUGUUACUACGACCACACCUGAAAGCUCCACCACUCAGACAACUACAACAGUAACAACAACUCCAGAACUUUCAACAGAACCAAUUGAUACUGGCGAUGGAGGAACUCCUCCAUCAAGAACUAGACCAACUGAGCCUACAACUACUGUCACAACAACAAGUGUUACAACCACUACUUUGCCAGCAACCACUACUGCUCCAACCACUACAGUAACAGAGGAAAUGACAACUACUGUCACAACCACAGCAAGCACCACAGUUUCUGAAGAGACAACAACUGUUACUACGACCACACCUGAAAGCUCCACUACUCAGACAACUACAACAGUGGCAACAACUCCUGGUGGGUGUGAGGAGCAGGACUUGGAUAAGUUGAAUGUUAUAAUCACCCUUAUCCCUACUGAUGGAAAUGGUAAUAACAGUACUAAUGGUAUAAUCACACUGGAGUCCGGAGUCCCUAAGUUCACUGUAUCGCUUUCUUCCCCUGGGAACACAAUAACAGUGAAUGCGCUGACAUUGUCUGAGCAGGGUGAAGGAGGAAACAACAAUGCAGUACGGAGGGUUCGCAUCUCAAAUAUUGUGGACAGUACAGGAGUCGUUGAUGCGGAGGAAUAUCCUGUUGACUCCACUGCUCCUGAAAGUGGAAUGUUUAUAGUUCGAAAUACAUUUAACAAAGAAUCUGUGGAAUCUUUUGACAUUGAAGUUCUAGAUAUCACCAGCAUGCCUGUAACCAUAAACGUGACAGUCAGAGGAUGCCUUAAAUUAGAGCCUACAACUACUGUCACAACAACAAGCAUUGCAACGACUACCACCCCAGCAACCACAACUGCUCCAACCACUACAGUGACAGAGGAAACAACAACUACUGUCACGACAACAGCAAGCACCACAGUUUCUGAAGAGACAACAACUGUUACUACGACCACACCUGAAAGCUCCACCACUGAGACAACUACAACAGUAACAACAACUCCAGAACUUUCAACAGAACCAAUUGAUACUGGCGAUGGAGGAACUCCUCCAUCAAGAACUAGACCAACUGAGCCUACAACUACUGUCACAACAACAAGUGUUACAACCACUACUUUGCCAGCAACCACUACUGCUCCAACCACUACAGUAACAGAGGAAAUGACAACUACUAUCACAACAACAGCAAGCACCACAGUUUCUGAAGAGACAACAACUGUUACUACGACCACACCUGAAAGCUCCACUACUCACACAACGACAACAGUAACAACAACGACUCCAGAGCCUACUACUACUGUCACGACGACCACUGUUGCAACCACUACCACCCCAGCGACUACAACUGCUCCAACUACUACAGUAACCGAGGAAAUGACAACUACUGUCACAACAACUGCAAGCACCACCGUUGCUGAAGAGACAACAACUGUAACCACGACCACACCUGAAAGCUCCACUACUCAGACAACUACAACAGUAACAUCAACUCCAGAACUUUCAACAGAACCAAUUGAUACUGGCGAUGGAGGAACUCCUCCAUCAAGAACUAGACCAACUGAACCUACAACUACUGUCUCAACAACAAGCGUUGCAACCACUACCACUCCAGCAACCACAACUGCUCCAACUACUACAGUAACCGAGGAAAUGACAACUACUGUCACAACAACAGCAAGCACCACAGUUUUUGAAGAGACAACAACUGUUACUACGACCACACCUGAAAGCUCCACUACUGAGACAAUGACAACAGUAACAACAGCUCAAGGUGGGUGUGAGGAGCAGGACUUGGAUAAGUUGAAUGUUAUAAUCACCCUUAUCCCUACUGAUGGAAAUGGUAAUAACAGUACUAAUGGUAUAAUCACACUGGAGUCCGGAGUCCCUAAGUUCACUGUAUCGCUUUCUUCCCCUGGGAACACAAUAACAGUGAAUGCGCUGACUUUGUCUGAGCAGGGUGAAGGAGGAAACAACAAUGCAGUACGGAGGGUUCGCAUCUCAAAUAUUGUGGACAGUACAGGAGUCGUUGAUGCGGAGGAAUAUCCUGUUGACUCCACUGCUCCUGACAGUGGAAUGUUUAUAGUUCGUAAUACAUUUAACGAAGAAUCUGUGGAAUCUUUUGACAUUGAAGUUCUGGAUAUCACCAGCAUGCCUGUAACCAUAAACGUGACAGUCAGAGGAUGCCUUGAAUUAGAGCCUACAACUACUGUCACAACAACAAGCAUUGCAACGACUACCACCCCAGCAACCACAACUGUUCCAACCACGACAGUGACAGAGGAAACAACAACUACUGUCACGACAACAGCAAGCACCAUAGUUUCUGAAGAGACAACAACUGUUACUACGACCACACCUGAAAGCUCCACCACUCAGAAAACUACAACAGUAACAACAACUCCAGAACUUUCAACAGAACCAAUUGAUACUGGCGAUGGAGGAACUCCUCCAUCAAGAACUAGACCAACUGAACCUACAACUACUGUCUCAACAACAAGCGUUGCAACCACUACCACUCCAGCAACCACAACUGCUCCAACUACUACAGUAACCGAGGAAAUGACAACUACUGUCACAACAACAGCAAGCACCACAGUUUCUGAAGAGACAACAACUGUUACUACGACCACACCUGAAAGCUCCACUACUGAGACAAUGACAACAGUAACAACAGCUCAAGGUGGGUGUGAGGAGCAGGACUUGGAUAAGUUGAAUGUUAUAAUCACCCUUAUCCCUACUGAUGGAAAUGGUAAUAACAGUACUAAUGGUAUAAUCACACUGGAGUCCGGAGUCCCUAAGUUUACUGUAUCGCUUUCUUCCCCUGGGAACACAAUAACAGUGAAUGCGCUGACUUUGUCUGAGCAGGGUGAAGGAGGAAACAACAAUGCAGUACGGAGGGUUCGCAUCUCAAAUAUUGUGGACAGUACAGGAGUUGUUGAUGCGGAGGAAUAUCCUGUUGACUCCACUGCUCCUGACAGUGGAAUGUUUAUAGUUCGUAAUACAUUUAACGAAGAAUCUGUGGAAUCUUUUGACAUUGAAGUUCUGGAUAUCACCAGCAUGCCUGUAACCAUAAACGUGACAGUCAGAGGAUGCCUUAAAUUAGAGCCUACAACUACUGUCACAACAACAAGCAUUGCAACCACUACCACCCCAGCAACCACAACUGUUCCAACCACGACAGUGACAGAGGAAACAACAACUACUGUCACGACAACAGCAAGCACCACAGUUUCUGAAGAGACAACAACUGUUACUACGACCACACCUGAAAGCUCCACCACUCAGACAACUACAACAGUAACAACAACUCCAGAACUUUCAACAGAACCCAUUGAUACUGGCGAUGGAGGAACUCCUCCAUCAAGAACUAGACCAACUGAGCCUACAACUACUGUCACAACAAGUGUUACAACCACUACUUUGCCAGCAACCACAACUGCUCCAACCACUACAGUGACAGAGGAAACAACAACUACUCUCACGACAACAGCAAGCACCACAGUUUCUGAAGAGACAACAACUGUUACUACUACCACACCUGAAAGCUCCACCACUCAAACAACUACAACAGUAACAACAACGACUCCAGAGCCUACUACUACUGUCACGACAACCACUGUUGCAACCACUACCACCCCAGCAACUACAACUGCUCCAACUACUACAGAAACCGAGGAAAUGACAACUACUGUCACAACAACAGCAAGCACCACAGUUUCUGAAGAGACAACAACUGUUACUACGACCACACCUGAAAGCUCCACUACUGAGACAAUGACAACAGUAACAACAGCUCAAGGUGGGUGUGAGGAGCAGGACUUGGAUAAGUUGAAUGUUAUAAUCACCCUUAUCCCUACUGAUGGAAAUGGUAAUAACAGUACUAAUGGUAUAAUCACACUGGAGUCCGGAGUCCCUAAGUUCACUGUAUCGCUUUCUUCCCCGGGGAACACAAUAACAGUGAAUGCGCUGACUUUGUCUGAGCAGGGUGAAGGAGGAAACAACAAUGCAGUACGGAGGGUUCGCAUCUCAAAUAUUGUGAACAGUACAGGAGUCGUUGAUGCGGAGGUAUAUCCUGUUGACUCCACUGCUCCUGACAGUGGAAUGUUUAUAGUUCGUAAUACAUUUAACGAAGAAUCUGUGGAAUCUUUUGACAUUGAAGUUCUGGAUAUCACCAGCAUGCCUGUAACCAUAAACGUGACAGUCAGAGGAUGCCUUAAAUUAGAGCCUACAACUACUGUCACAACAACAAGCAUUGCAACCACUACCACCCCAGCAACCACAACUGUUCCAACCACGACAGUGACAGAGGAAACAACAACUACUGUCACGACAACAGCAAGCACCACAGUUUCUGAAGAGACAACAACUGUUACUACGACCACACCUGAAAGCUCCACCACUCAGACAACUACAACAGUAACAACAACUCCAGAACUUUCAACAGAACCCAUUGAUACUGGCGAUGGAGAGCCUACAACUACUGUCACAACAACAAGUGUUACAACCACUACUUUGCCAGCAACCACUACUGCUCCAACCACUACAGUAACAGAGGAAAUGACAACUACUGUCACAACGACAGCAAGCACCACAGUUUCUGAAGAGACAACAACUGUUACUACGACCACACCUGAAAGCUCCACUACUCACACAACGACAACAGUAACAACAACGACUCCAGAGCCUACUACUACUGUCACGAUGACCACUGUUGCAACCACUACCACCCCAGCAACUACAACUGCUCCAACUACUACAGUAACCAAGGAAAUGACAACUACUGUCACAACAACAGCAAGCACCACUGUUGCUGAAGAGACAACAACUGUUACUACGACCACACCUGAAAGCUCCACUACUCAGACAACUACAACAGUAACAACAACUCCAGAACUUUCAACAGAACCAAUCGAUACUGGCGAUGGAGGAACUCCUCCUUCAAGAACUAGACCAACUGAGCCUACAACUACUGUCACAACAACAAGUGUUACAACCACUACCACCCCAGCAACUACAACUGCUCCAACUACUACAGUAACAGAGGAACUGACAACUACUGUCACGACAACAGCAAGCACCACAGUUUCUGAAGAGACAACAACUGUUACUACUACCACACCUGAAAGCUCCACUACUCAGACAAUGACAACAGUAACAACAACGACUCCAGAGCCUACAACUACUGUCACAACAACAAGCGUUGCAACGACUACCACCCCAGCAACUACAACUGCUCCAACCACUACAGUGACAGAGGAAACAACAACUACUGUCACGACGACAGCAAGCACCACAGUUUCUGAAGAGACAACAACUGUUACUACGACCACACCUGAAAGCUCCACUACUCAGACAAUGACAACAGUAACAACAACAACUCCAGAGCCUUCAACUACUGUCACAACGACCACUGUUGCAACCACUACCACCCCAGCAACUACAACUGCUCCAACUACUACAGUAACCGAGGAAAUGACAACUACUGUCACAACAACUGCAAGCACCACAGUUGCUGAAGAGACAACAACUGUAACCACGACAACACCUGAAAGCUCCACUACUCAGACAACUACAACAGUAACAACAACUCCAGAACUUUCAACAGAACCAAUCGAUACUGGCGAUGGAGGAACUCCUCCAUCAAGAACUAGACCAACUGAGCCUACAACUACUGUCACAACAACAAGUGUUACAACCACUACCACCCCAGCAACCACAACUGCUCCAACCACUACAGUGACAGAGGAAACAACAACUACUGUCACGACAACAGCAAGCACCACCGUUGCUGAAGAGACAACAACUGUUACUACUACCACACCUGAAAGCUCCACUACUCAGACAACUACAACAGUAACAACAACGACUCCAGAGCCUACAACUACUGUCACAACAACAAGCAUUGCAACGACUACCACCCCAGCAACUACAACUGCUCCAACCACUACAGUGACAGAGGAAACAACAACUACUGUCACAACGACAGCAAGCACCACAGUUUCUGAAGAGACAACAACUGUUACUACGACCACACCUGAAAGCUCCACUACUCAGACAAUGACAACAGUAACAACAACAACUCCAGAGCCUACAACUACUGUCACAACGACAACUGUUGCAACCACUACCACCCCAGCAACUACAACUGCUCCAACUACUACAGUAACCGAGGAAAUGACAACUACUGUCACAACAACUGCAAGCACCACAGUUGCUGAAGAGACAACAACUGUAACCACGACAACACCUGAAAGCUCCACUACUCAGACAACUACAACAGUAACAACAACUCCAGAACUUUCAACAGAACCAAUCGAUACUGGCGAUGGAGGAACUCCUCCAUCAAGAACUAGACCAACUGAGCCUACAACUACUGUCACAACAACAAGUGUUACAACCACUACCACCCCAGCAACCACAACUGCUCCAACCACUACAGUAACCGAGGAAAUGACAACUACUGUCACGACAACCGCAAGCACCACAGUUUCUGAAGAGACAACAACUGUUACUACUACCACACCUGAAAGCUCCACUACUCAGACAAUGACAACAGUAACAACAACGACUCCAGAGCCUACAACUACUGUCACAACAACAAGCAUUGCAACCACUACCACCCCAGCAACCACAACUGCUCCAACCACUACAGUGACAGAGGAAACAACAACUACUGUCACGACAACAGCAAGCACCACAGUUUCUGAAGAGACAACAACUGUUACUACGACCACACCUGAAAGCUCCACUACUCAGACAACAGUAACAACAACAACUCCAGAGCCUACAGCUACUGUCACAACGACAACUGUUGCAACCACUACCACCCCAGCAACUACAACUGCUCCAACCACUACAGUGACAGAGGAAACAACAACUACUGUCACGACGACAGCAAGCACCACAGUUUCUGAAGAGACAACAACCGUUACUACGACCACACCUGAAAGCUCCACUACUCAGACAACUACAACGGUGACAACAACUCCAGAGCCAACAACUACUGUAACUACAACAAGUGUGGCAACAACUACCACCCCAGCGACCACAACUGCUCCAACUACUACAGUAACAGAGGAAAUGACAACUACUCUCACAACAACAGCAAGCACCACAGUUGUGGAAGAGACAACAACUGUUAUUAUGACCACACCUGAAGGCACUACAACUCAGACAACUACAACAGUCACGACUACUCCAGAACCUUCAACUGAACCAAUUGAUACAGGCGAUGGAGAUGUUGUUACUUCUCCAACAAGACCUAGACCAACUACAACAGAACCUGUGACGACACCAUUCAGUGCAGAAACUACUACCCCAAGGAUGAGGGAGAGUACAGAAGUUCCUACAACUGUGAGGACAGAAUCGACCACUGUGACAAGGCCUUCAACAACAGGAGCCAUGGUGUCGACCACGAUGAUCCGUGAAACAACCACAACACCAGAAGCGACGACGGAGAAGACCACAGUAAUUGAAACAACGGCUACAGAAGGGUCCACGGUCCAGAAGGUGACCACAACCACACCGGAGGAGAUCACCACUGAGUUGACCGUGACAGAAGGAGGGGUCACAACUACGGAAACUACCACCACACCAAUUGCCAGCUCUACCACUAGUGUAACUACCAUGAUCAUGACUACACCCAAACCAGGAAAUGAGACAGGCUGUCUUAAGAAUGGUAUUCGUUAUGAGUGGGGAGAGGAGAUCAUUUCAGAUGAUCCUUGCGAGAAGUUGAUCUGCAAAGAAAACACAGGCAUUAUGAGAAUAACUACCUCAUGUCCUCCAAUUGUCUGUGUGGGUAAGCUGGUGAGAAGGGAAGGAGAAUGCUGUGAAGUAUGUGAAGAAGAAGUCCCAACAUGCCAGCCACGAAGUAUAAAGGAAGAAAACUACGAGAUGGGAGAUGGAUGCGUUUCUACUACCCCAGUCACCUUGUCCUAUUGUGAUGGUAUGUGCGAGUCCAACUCUACUGCUAUGAUGAGUGCCUCUAUCAAUGGUGCACCGUACUUCGAUUCCUUCUGCCGCUGCUGCAAGCCGACUAUGUUCAGCACGUUUGAGGCGGAGUUCUUGUGUGCAGAUGGCACCUCCUACACGAAGCAGUACUACGUCAUAGAGCAAUGCGACUGUGAAACCUGUGCCUACGAUCCCAUUCAAGCUCUCAAUCCUACAACGGUAGACACACCACCGGUCUAUUCACCGUAGUAGUAUCUAAAAGUAAAGCGAUGGGAUUGGAAUCCUAUAUUGAUAUCCUGUAUACAAAUAAAUUAUAUUUUCUGUAGGAAGAUUCAGCUGCCAGUUUGUUUCUCUUCUUUUUCUUUUAGAUGUACCACUUUUUCAGAUGUUUUAUCUACUUUCAAUUUGUUUAUAGUAUCCACUCCAUGUAUACGUGUAUCUAUACUUGUGGUGCAUUCAACAUUUAGGGUUCAUCGAAAUAAAAAAAAUUAACUUGGUGUAUUUUUCUUAUAUCUGUAUCAGAAUCACCAAAUUGUCGAUAUGAACUUGUCUCCAUGAUGUAUUUUACUUGAUUUAAAAAACUACUGUAGUUAAAGUGAUUGGUUAACAUUGGUUUGACUUUUUAAAAAUCUGAGCUAGAAGGUCACACUUGUCACCUGUGUCUGUGAUAUGUUACAAAAAUUAAGCCCAGAAAAAAUUGCGUUCGAAAAUAAUUAUUCAGUGCUUCAAAAAUUGAAAUAUAAAGUGACCGAAAACACCAUCUUAAUUUCAUCCCAUACACUUAUGUGUACUAUUUAGGCGUCUUUAAGACGCCUAUUUACAAAAUCGGGGUUUGCCUUGUAGUUUUAGCUUUUCAUUCUCAAUAAUGGUUGUUUUCAGGGUUUAUUAGUUCUAAUACAUGCACUUGUACACAUGUUUCAUCUUGGUUUGAGAAUUUUUUAAAUCGGCUGCUCACAAAGUUAAAAGGAAAAAAAAUAUGAGAUCCCUCUUUGUAUAGUAAAGUCAAUACAUGUGAGGUGAUUGGAUUAUUUUCCUAUAUAGCAAUAAUUCAUUGUAAGAGUUAAAAUGUAAUUUAAGGGUGAUUGGUUAUUCCUUAAUAAUGUAUUUACAGAAUAGGAGUAACAGGUAACUUAGGUUUAUCAAGUUUUAACUUAUUAUCAAAUGUACAGUAAGAUUGAAUGAUAACAUCCUACACUGAAACCAUGUACUGUGUUCUAGUAAAAGUAUAAGUGAAAAAAAAAAAUGGCCCUUAAAAAGAUGACAGUAAGACUAUAAUCUAAUGUAGUAUGAAAUCAUACUUUUGAUUACAUUUUCGAGUAACAUACAACAUUUAGGUUACAGGUUUUUCUUUUGUUUCUUGAUGUUUAUGGAGAUGAUUUAGAGUUUGCUCUUUCUAUCGACUAGAUGGCAGCUGAAUAAUAAAACAAGAUGAAGAAUGAAAUGGAA